AGCCACUGAGUUAGACGGAUCAGAGCAAGCGAACCAAAAGAAAGACAGUGAAGAAAAGCAGAGAUUUUGUGGAAUAUCUUCUGAGGAAUAUUUUGGUUUCUUUCCCAUUGUCACGCCCCUAUCGGAUCUCCAUGUUUGUACGCGGGAUUUGUGGUCCAAAUCUAUCACAGUCUUGCCUUCAUCUGAAAGAGCUGGUGCUUAUCUUAGAAACUUUGCAACCCAACACACCGAGAGAGACGUUUGCAGAAUUCUACUUGGACUAAAAUCAAAGGCCAAGAUUAAGCCCAGUUCUGGGAUGAAUUUAACUGAACCAAGCUUGUCCCGGGGGGCUCUGCUGCAUCCUGCCCAGGUAUCACUUGUGAGCCCGUCGUGGGCCUCGAGGACCCCAAGUCCUGCUUCUGAUCUCGAAAUGGGUUUCGAGCAGAACAUAUCCAGAGACUGUAGCUCUCCUAAUGAUAAUGGCACCAGAAGAGCAGAACCCAGGGGCUUUCCCACGGAAGGUGGCCGGAGUCCAGAUAUGGUGGGAUGCUCAGGUAAUGGUAAAGGCUUGGGGGGUGAGCAAAGGAUCCGAAGGCCCAUGAACGCUUUCAUGGUGUGGGCAAAAGAUGAGAGGAAACGACUCGCCUUGCAGAACCCAGACCUUCAUAACGCCGUGCUCAGUAAGAUGCUCGGUCAGUCAUGGAAGGCGUUAAAUUCAACAGAGAAGCGUCCUUUUGUUGAGGAAGCAGAACGUCUGCGCCUUCAGCACCUCCAGGAUCAUCCAAACUACAAGUACCGCCCCCGCCGUAAAAAGACCACGAAGAAACUUAAGCGUGUGGAGCCGGGGCUUUUGCUUCACAGCCUAGCCCAAAGUCAUGGCAUGGGUCCCGCUAUCAUCCCAAUGAGUGGAGAAAGCGGCCAUGGAACCUCUCCUUAUGGACAUGCGCCUCACCACCACCACUCCCACAACCUGCUGGGCCACUUCAGGGACCUCCAGGCACACGGACACCAAGACCUAGAGAGCUACGGCCUGCCUACGCCUGAGAUGUCUCCUCUGGAUGUUCUGGAAAAUGGUGUUGGUGAAUCAGUUUUCUUCCCCCAGCAUGCACAGGAAGAUGCAGGAAUGGGGGGCUGGAAUAGCUAUCACCACCCUCACCACCAUAACCCGCAUUACAGCCAUCCCUAUGGCAACCACCACAACCCUAUGCAUAGUGUCCCACCGAGCCAUAGUCCUGGAGGGAACACUUUGAGUGGAGGCCGGAAUCCGAGAAUGGCAUCGGUUGAAUCGAACAGUACUCGGAUGAAUACAGCACAAACAUCAGGCCGCCAUAUUGCCUUGAGGAGUCCUAUGAAAUGUCCCCCACUUCCACAUGACUCAGUGUCCUAUCCUCAGUCCUCACUCAGCCUCCAUGAGACUGUCAAACCCCAUCAAGGCUCCCUUCCUGCCAGCUACUAUGGCCAAAUGUACAGCAAUACAGCCCCCAAUUUCACCCCGGCUCAUUUGGGCCAACUUUCUCCUCCUCCUGAGACCUCGCCCACUUCUUGUUCAUCCUUCCUCCCUCAUGUUCAUAUAGCAGACCCAUCCAAUUCGGAGUCAACAAGUCAUUUGGGGUCUUCUUCCGCUGAAUUCUGGUCUGAGGUGGACAGGCAUGAAAUGGACCAGUACGUGAAUACCGCAAGAAACCGAGAAGAUGUCUAUGGACAUGGUGGGGUCGGGUCCAAGGUCCUGGUCUGGCGGGGUAACGCUGAUCGAGAUGGCGGGAGUGAGGAAGGAGUCAGUCCUCUUAUAUCUGCGCUUUCUGAUGCUAGCAGUGCUGUCUAUUAUAGUGCUUGUAUCACUGGUUAACACUUAUAUUUUAGGUAUCGUCCUGCUUUGUGUUUAUCUGAACUGUUUUAGGAUUCAUCUGAACUCUUGAUAGAUUAUGUUGAGCUCACAUAUUGCUUUAACUCUUGCUUAUACUCCUGUGAUCCAUAUUACACACUUGUUCAAAUGAUGGAUAUCAAUAUGCAAAAGAAAAACCCACGGAGGACAGAGAAACAACUUCAAAUUUAAUAAUUUAUUGAAAAUGUUUAUCUCUAAAAUCUAAUUGUUUUUUAGUUUGGUUCAACAGAAUUAUUUGAAAUCAUAAAAAGAGACUGGAAUUUGAUAAACUGCCUGGUGACGAGCCACAAUGCCUCUGGAGGAAUGUGUUAUACAAAAUAAGUUGUCACUUUAUGAAGU